AUGGUGGAGGCUGGAGGUCUGGAGCGGACUAAGCUCAGGAAAUACACCGUCCAGAUCCUCCAGAUCCUGUCCAGCACCUCCACGACAACCAUACCUGUGGAUGUGUGGGCCAUCGGCUGUAGCAUCAUGUUGUUGGCCACAGGUUUUUUCUUCAUACAUGGCGGCUCACAUUUCAACCACCUGGCUUCAAUUGUCCGCCAAGUUCAUCCCAAGGAUUCAGGCUCUGACCUUGGUGGACGGCAGGCCUGCAGCUUCCACAUCUUCACCGUUCAGGUCCUGUACAAGCUGAAGGAAGACGUGAGGUGGAGGUCCUGCUCCCCGGGGAAGAGACAGCUCAACAUGUUUAGUGGUAAUGUGCUGGACGGCUAUGCCAAAACCGAGGGGGCCUGGAUCCUGUCUUUGCAAAAGAGGGAGUACUCCGUAAACACAGUGUCUGAGUGUGCCAACAAAUGUAACUCCGAGACAGCCUUCACAUGCAAAUCCUUCAUGUACAUAGAGAAGGACCAGGAGUGUUGGACAGCAGCAUCAAACUCCAAAACUGAGUCCAUCCUGCGCAGAGCCAGUGCAGCGUUAUAUGAAAACACAGGAUAUUUACUGGAAUGUGUGAAUGGAAUAGGAACAGACUACAGAGGGACAAAGUCCAAAACCAGAUCAGGAAAGACAUGCCAGAGAUGGGCAGGAAAGUUCCCUCACAGGCCAAACAUCACCCCCCAGACACAUCCCAGAGCAGACCUGGACUCCAACUUCUGCAGAAACCCUGACGGAGAUAGUCAGGGACCCUGGUGUUACACCACUGACCCAAACACCCGCUGGGAGCCCUGCAACAUAGCAAACUGCAGCGAGGAGUGCAUACACUGCAGUGGUGAGGACUACAGAGGGAGGAUCUCUACCACAGAGAACGGCUACACCUGCCAGCACUGGGACUCCCAGAAGCCACACAACCAUGGCUACAUCCCCAGCGCUCUUCCAGAGAAAUUUCUUGAGGAGAAUUACUGCCGGAACCCAGACGGAGACCCCCGACCAUGGUGUUUCACCACCAGCCCUUCAAAACGGUGGGACUUCUGCUCCAUCCCCCGCUGCACGUCGGAGGCUCCCACCAUCAUCCCUGAGCUGACCUGCGCCACCGGUGAAGGUGGAGCCUACCGAGGAACUGUUGCCACCACAAUCUCUGGUAAAACAUGCCAGAGGUGGUCAGCCCAAACACCGCACAAACACAACCGCACCCCUGACAACUACCCCUGCAAGGGCUUAGACAACAAUUACUGCCGUAACCCAGACAACGAAAAGAUGCCCUGGUGUUACACCACUGACUCCGAGACCCGCUGGGAGUACUGCAAGGUGCCGAGCUGUGGAGACGCACCUGGACCAGAUGAGCCUGUGAUUCCCCCUGAGGAGGAAGACUGUUACGAGGGGGACGGGACAAGCUACCGUGGUGUAACAUCUGAGACCAUCAGCGGAAAGAAAUGCCAAUCCUGGAGCUCCAUGACUCCUCACAGACACAAGAAAACCCCACAGGACUACCCCACAGCAGACCUCAGGAGGAACUUGUGCAGGAACCCUGAUUCAGACCGAGCUCCCUGGUGUUACACUACUGACCCCUCUGUCCGCUGGGAGUACUGCAAUCUGGAGAAAUGCUCCACUAGCCCUACAAGAGCACCAACCACCAGGCCCAGCAUCCCCACCUCUGUCACCCAAGCCCCACCACAGAGAGACUGUAAGGUGGGGAAUGGAGCUACAUACCGCGGCCCAACCUCCAUCACCAUGCUGGGGGUCACAUGCCAGGCCUGGAGUUCUCAGAGCCCCCACCAACACAACAGUUUCACACCCACAACACACCCCGACAAGGGCCUGGAAGGCAAUAGCUGCAGAAACCCAGACAAUGAUGUCAAUGGACCGUGGUGUUACACCACUGACAGGAACAAGAAAUGGGACUACUGCCAGAUUCCUGAUUGUGCGGGAAUGAAGUGUGGCACACCAGCUGUCAAACCAAAGCGCUGUUUCGGUCGUAUUGUGGGAGGAUGUAUAUCUAAAGCUCACUCCUGGCCAUGGCAGAUCAGCCUCCGCACCAACACUGGAAUCCAUUUCUGUGGAGGAACCCUGAUUGCCCCUCAGUGGGUCCUGACCGCUGCACACUGCCUGGAGAGGUCCAAGAGGCCAUCAGCCUACAAGGUGUUGCUGGGUAUCCACACAGAGCGAGCAAAUGAGCUCUCCAAACAGGAGAAGAGACUGGAAAAACUGGUGCUGGAGCCUAACGGAGCCGACAUCGCUCUCCUCAAACUGGAGAGCCCCGCACUAAUAAACGACAAGGUGAGCCCAGCCUGUCUGCCGGAGAAGGACUACGUGGUUCCCAGUGGAACAGAGUGCUAUGUUACUGGAUGGGGAGAGACUCAAGGUACAGGAGGAGACGGCAUCCUGAAGGAAACUGGCUUCCCAGUGAUCGAGAACAAGAUCUGUAAUCGUCCGUCCUACCUGAACGGCAGAGUGAAAGACCACGAGAUGUGUGCUGGCAACAUCGAGGGAGGAACAGACAGCUGCCAGGGUGACAGUGGUGGUCCUCUGGUGUGUAAUGCCCAGAACAGGUUUAUCCUGCAGGGUGUGACAUCGUGGGGUCUGGGCUGUGCCAAUGCCAUGAAACCCGGCGUCUACGCUCGAGUCUCCAAGUUUGUCGACUGGAUCGACAGAACCAUCCAAGCCAAUUAAUAAAACACAGCUGAGCUCAAUGAAUGGAUUUAUAACAUGACCGACAGUGAAACACACUGGAAGUGGGUGGGGAUGCUCAGAUAAUCUGGCAGAUGUGUUCAGUUAUGCUGCGAGCUGUCUGCUCUCUGAGACGUGGGCCCGGUGACUCCACCUGACCCCUGGGCCACAGUGAAGCACAAUGCAGCACAACACGUGCAACAUGUUCAUGGUUUUCAGAUGUAAAAGUUUUCCAAAAGUGUUGAAAAA